AUGUCCCAAAACCCCAAACGUGCUGCCCUCCAAUCCGAUAAUCUUUCCAACGGAUUACCUCUCAGUGUCACCGGAUGGUUACUCGUAACUCGUUUGAACCAUGCUCUUGCGGCAGCAGUUCCAACGAAUCAUCCUCGUAGAUCCUGCAUCAUGCCACCCUCCAGAUUGAAGCAACCCAUCCCUUGUCCCGAAUCCUGGGGUAUCCGUCUGCCGGUGGUCCUAGCCCCAAAGUGGGUUCGGUCGAUGUGGACUCGUGGAGGAGCCUCCUACCCUAUUGCGUUCUCGCCCACUUCUCCUCCUCAGAGUCCACGGAUGCGUUUGUGUCGUUGGUCGUUCUAG